GCCGGUGGCCUCUACGUGCUCGGCACCACCCGGCACGAGUCCCGGCGCAUCGACAACCAACUCCGGGGACGAGCCGGACGCCAGGGCGAUCCUGGCACCACCCGAUUCUUCAUCUCUCUGCAGGACGACGUCUUCCGAGUCUUCGGCGGCGACAAGAUCGAGAGUUUGAUGGACCGCUUCCGGCUCGGCGACCAGAUCCCGCUGCAGAGCCCCAUUGUCAACGAUACUCUGGACCGGGUCCAGAAGGCCGUGGAAGAGUUCUUCAAGAAGACGCGAACCACGCUCUUCGAGUUCGACAAGGUGAUCUCAAAGCAGCGUGAGCUCACCUACAACACCCGCAAGGAGUUCCUGGCCAAUGACGAUGAGGCUGUCCUGAAGCUCGUAAAGGAGUGGGGAAAGGACGCCGUGAAGUUCCACAUCGAGCAGGUCACGGGCAAAACGCCGGAGGAGGAGAAGAGCACCGAGGAAAAGGCGACUGAGUUCAAGGAGUACUUCGGUCUGGAGAUGCCUGAGCUGAGUGCCGGGAUGAAGCCUGCGGAGGUGGAGGCAAAGCUGAACGAAGUGGUGCAGAAGGGCAUCACGGAGAAAGCCGCCUCCUACGAGGAGUUCCGUCCGGGAUUCGCGGUCGAAGCCGCCCGUAUCGCCACUGUUGUGACCAUCGAUGACGAGUGGAAAGCUCUGCUGCAGAAGAUGGACGCAUUGAAGCAAACAGUCGGCCUUGCGGCGUACAAGGGUUCCGAGCCCCUGAAGGAGUAUCAAGUCCAGGGCUUCAGGAUGUACCAGAAG